AUGGCUACCGCCGCCGCCGCCACCGCGGCGCGCCCCUGGGACCCAACCGUCUCGCUGCGUCUGGACCACCCGGCGCUGGUCCUCCUGGAGCGGUGCCGGGGCGGGGCGCGGCCGUUCAAGGCGAUCCUCGCCCACAUGCUCCGCCUCGGCCUCGCCUUCGAGACCUUCCCCAUGAGCCGGCUCCUCCACUUCGCCACCGUCGCCUUCCCGCAGCACACGCGCGAGGGCCUGCUCCUCUUCGACCACUUCACGCCUCGCCCCAACCUCUACAUCUACAACCUGGCGCUCGCGGCGCUCUGCCCCUCGCAGAGCCGCUCGGUCGCUCUCUACAAGUCCAUCCUCGCGUCGCCGGCGACCCCCGACGAGCGGACGUUCCUGGCGCUGCUCAGGUCCGUGGAGUGCCCGUCGGUCGGGAAGCAGGUGCACGCGCACGUCCUCCUCAACGGCUUGCAGUCGCGCGUGUACCUGCGGAACUCGCUCAUCAAGAUGUACCUGGACGCCGGCGACGCGGGGACGGCCGAGGAGAUGUUCCGGUGUGCGCCCGUGCUGGACACGGUGUCCUGCAACAUCAUGCUGUCAGGGUACGCCAAGGGAGGGUUCAGCGUGAAGGCGCUGCAGCUUUUCCGUGGUAUGGCGUCGAGGGGGGUCAGCGUUGAUCAGUACGCUGCUGUUGCUCUCCUCUCCUGCUGCGGACGUCUGAAGAACACGCUUCUUGGGAGGUCCGUUCAUGGCGCGGUCCUGCGGAGGAUGGGUAUAGCAGACAGGGGAUUGAUUUUGAGCAAUGCGCUUCUAGACAUGUAUGCCAAAUGUGGUGAGAUGAACACUGCCCUCAGAGUCUUUGCUGAAGCUUGGGAGAAGGAUGACAUUUCGUGGAACACCAUGAUCUCAGGGUUCGCUGAUGCUGGCAUGUUGGACCUUGCUAGGAAAUUUUUCUUUGAUGCACCUUGCAGGGAUCUAAUAUCAUGGAACGUUCUGCUAGCUGGGUAUGCUCGAUGCAGAGAAUUCGCUGCGGUGGUGGAGCUAUUUAAUGCCAUGAUCGCCAGUUGUAUAAGACCUGAUAUGGUCACUGCUCUUACUUUGAUCUCUGCAGCUAUAGGCAAAGGGGAUUUGAAUCCAGGAAAGAGUGUCCAUGGUUGGGUGGUUAAAGAACAUGGUACUCAAGAUGCUUUCCUGGCUUCUGCUCUCCUAGAUAUGUAUUGCAAAUGUGGAAAUGUCAAUUUAGCCUAUGCUGUGUUUGAGAAGGCCUUGGAUAAAGAUGUUACCUUGUGGACAGCGAUGAUAUCGGGCCUUGCGUUCCACGGCCAUGGAACCAAAGCAUUGGACCUGUUUUGGGAUAUGCAAAAGGAGGGUGUAGCACCUAAUGGCGUGACGUUGGUCGCUGUUAUGAGUGCAUGUAGUCAUGCUGGUCUGCUAGAUGAAGGGUGUAAAAUUUUUGAUACUAUGAAACAAAGCUUCAACGUUGAACCAGGAAUAGAACACUUUGGCUGUAUGGUUGAUCUCCUUGCACGAUCAGGUAGGCUGUCUGAUGCGGUAGGACUGGCUAGGACUAUGCCAAUAAAACCAAGUCGGUCUAUAUGGGGUUCCAUUUUAAGUGCAAGUUCAGCUUGUCAGAAUACCGAAGUUGCAGAGAUCGCUUCGGAAGAACUCCUUCGUCUUGAACCCGCUGAAGAGGGUGGGUAUGUUUUGCUUUCUAACCUGUAUGCUGCUGGUGGUCACUGGAACUAUAGUGACAAAGUGAGGGAAACUAUGGAAAGAAGAGGCGUGAGAAAAGCAGCAGGUGCUAGUGGUUUGGCUAUUAAUGAUGCCACCUAUUAAGUUUUUCCUAUAUUAGAAGAAAACCGUAAAGAUGAUGGAAAAGGUACAAAGCAAACUCAAAAAAAAAAGGAAGAAAAAAGAAAACUGAAACUAUACAAGGCCAUCACCCGCUAACCUACAGAGCUAAGCAUCUGGAGGCCGGGCAUGGAGGGGCAGACAACGUAGUGCCUUGGCGCUGGCUAACAUCCACAGCCUAGCCUUAUCAAGAAUGCAGUGGACAAGCUCAAGGUUGAUAGGUGUGGCUCCAUUGAAAAUGUAGUCAUUGCGCAGCUUCUAAAGUCUCCACAUUGUCAGGAUGAUGAUGGAUUUGACUCCCUUUUCGACGGCAGGUGGUGCACUGGAAUGAGCAGACUC